CAACUCAAUAGAAACACCGCCUAACGGGCGAGUGGCUCGGCGUUAGCGUAGCUUAGCCUUCGUACAGUGUCACCAACCGUGGGGCUUCAUGGUUUCGUUUUCCCCAAAAUGUGCUGUCUGAAUAUUUUGUUCACGCUAGGUGGCCUGCUAAUCUUGAUAUUCUCCGCAGAUGAAUCCUGUCAACGGAAUAUAAAAAUCACCUAUAAUGACUGCUCAGAUGAUCAGCGGUUUUCAGGUGAUCGGCAUCAUUUCCACCAGGAAACUCCUCAGUCAGCUGUUUGUGAGAGUGAUCUGAGCUGUAAAAACAGCUGAUGCGGACACGAACAGACACUAAAAAUGGAGGCUGUGAGACCAAAGAAGAACAAAGCAAAGGCCAGCGGAAAAUCUCAGCUGGUCAGGAAGCAGAAGCAGGCAGAGGAAGACAAAAGAGCCCCAGCUCCCUCAGCUGUACCUGAGGCCUCCACUUCUGACUUCACUGAGAUCCCCCUGAGUCUGCCCUAUCAGGAAAAGGAGGAGGAGGAGAAUAAGCUAGACACUGUUCAGAAUCCUGAAGCCACAGCACAGUCAUCAGACCUGCCUUCUGAGAAGCAACAGGCAGAAAACACAGCAUCAUUGCUGAGUAAGACUCUACAGCCAAGUCUGAACUCCUCAACAGUGACAUCACAGGUCACAGCGCAAGAGACCAAAAAGGAGGAAGAGGAGGCUGAUGUGCAGGAAGCUCAGGGGGCUGGGCUUAAAAUUGUGCCACAAACCACUGAGCUUGAAAAGGAUGAACAGUCAUGGAAUCAGCUGUGUGUUUUAACUCAGUUUGAAGCUUCAAAUGUCCCAAGUGCCCCAGCACUGUAUCCGUCUCUUCCUACACUAGAAGAAGGUUCAGUGAUACAGUUCUGUGGGGAAGCUGUGGAAACAUGUGGAAAGGAACCUGCAGUUUUGGCACUUCCUGAUCAGGAAUCUUCUCCUCCAAGUUUGCGGCCUUUGGAGUCCGUGGCCGACCUUUCUCGGAGCAAACUCUACCCAGAAUUACCCAAAACAGCUUUAGAGGUUCAGCCGUUCUCACUGGAGCAGCUGAGUGUUUGGGAGCCAGGCGGAGGGUUGCGAGCAUGGCUGGAGGGGGUUGAGGUUUGUGCAGCACAGUUUUGUGCUCUGGCGCGGCAGGAGAAACACGAACUGACUGAACUGUUGCAAAACUACUGGCGUUGCCGCAGACAGCUGACCCAGUCGCACACACAGCUUCACACACAGUCAUCUGAGUGCAAAAGCACACAGAAUCGUCUGUGGAGCUUCAGAGAUGAACAGCUCACACUUCAGGGUGUGUGUGCAGAUCAGACAAAGGUAUGUGGGUAUCACCGCUUCCAGCAGGCAGAGUUUAGUGAGAGUGUGCAGGCUGAGCUGAGAAGACUGUUUGAAGCUUGCAGUGAGCUGCUCCAUCAAAAGGUCGUGCUGCAUGCGUACACCGCUCUGCUGUCACGCCUGCAGGUGGAAUCAUACCUGUACAGUCUUAUAAAAGAUUUUCAGUUAGAUGGCCAAACACAGCCGUGUUCUCUCCAACCUCUGAAAGAGGCCAUCAGCGUCCUGUUUAGUUUCACACGAAGAGUCCUUGAUGACACACAGUUCCAGUCAGACAUCCAUCACUGGCUUGAGAGAUUGGUCGCCGUCCUGCUGCAUGUUGGAGGGUCAGGGGAGCACCUGUACCUCCUGUGCCACCUUCUCUGCUGUCCUGCUGGGGUGGGAAAGUGGGCUGCACACUUCCUUCAGAUCCAAGUUUGGGGGAACACCUCUGGAGUUCAGCAAUUUAUGCAAGCUCUGGCCAUUCUAAUGUCACCUGCCAGACAUCGUGCAGAGUUCCUGGGCCACAUGAAGCCGUGUGAGAGCCAGAGCUCAGGUGCUUCUGGACAAGAAUCUGGCAACUGGACCUUAGUGGAUGAAGGUGGAGAGGAGGAUGAGGACCCAGAAACCAGCUGGUUGCUACUAUGUGAGGAAGAUCUGAUUUUAUUGAUUACCCAGUUCCCCUUCCAGCAGCUCUACUCAUACAUGCUUGGGAUGAGCAAGCAGGGUGUGUAUGAGCCCCAGGCCUGCUCCAGUCAGAAGAUGAUGCGGGUGUUUGCUUUCGCUUCCUCGCUCAUUGAAAUUCUCGCUCUCGGUCUACAAACCUAUAACAGAUCCCGAUACAGACAGCUAGUCAAACGAAUAGGGCACAUCAUACGAAUGACAGUUUGCUAUGUGAGUGAUCACUGGGCCCAGUACGUGAGUGUGACUGAUGCCGCUGGAUCUAGCUCUCAAGUACACUCUCUGUCUUUGGAAAAACUGCAGAUUGAAUAUGAUCAUCUUUUCCUCCGAGCUGUUUUACAUGUACUCAGAAACAAAAGGUUGGGCAUUUGGUUGUUUAUGUCUGAGAUGCCAUAUGGGACUUUGUCCAGCUCCAUGCUCUGGAAGAUUCUUUAUGUUAUGCAGAGCGCAGAGACUGCAGGGCUAGAAACACUCAGCACAGCUGGUGACACAUACGCCUGCAUUCAGGCUCUCAGAGACCCACAGCAUCAGGCGAGUUUUGAACAGUGGCUGUGUGAGGUGAACAGCUCUGACGGCAUCUCGCUCCUCACUGCAUUAGCACAAAUGGCGACACCCACUCAGCGCUCUGACUCACAAUUCAUCACCACUAUAACUCUCCUGAUUUACCAGGUCUCUUAUGUGAGUGUGUCCACCAGAGAAACCUACUCCAAGGUGGGGAGGGAGUUACUGGCUGCUAUAGCAGCAGCCCACCCAUAUGUUAUCUCGGUGCUCCUUGAGAGACUGAGGGACACCAUACAGACUGUGGGAAUGGUGGCUUUGUACUUGUGUAAAGAGCUGCCUCUGAGUCUUUGGCAGCCGCAGCAAGAAGAAAUAUGCGUGAUUGGAGCGUGGCUCCUUCAGCAUCCUCUGUCAGCUGUAGAGAACCGGCUGGCCUGUGUCAUCCUUGAGGGUCUGAACUGGGGGUUCAACACUCAGGAUGGCUCUUUGUUCCUGCCUUCAAUUCUCCACAAUGAGGUGGCACUGCUGGUGGCUGAAGCCUAUCAGAAGUACCUUACAGACAAACCAUACAGUGGGCUCAUAUCAGAGGGAAUCAAACAGGUCUCUUACCUUGCAAGUGUCCUUCGUUUGGGCGUAUCUCCUGAAGCAUCCUUUAGUCAGUGGGCAUGGCAGCUGCUGCUGAGGCUGAAGCUUCAUGGCAAUUCUCAGAACCCUAAAGGAGCCUGGGUGGUCCCUGCUUUGGCAUCCAACCCACCUCCAGAGCUUACGCACUCUCCUAGCAUGCACUCUGUUCUGAGGGCUGUAAAAGCAGGCAUACCGAUUGGAUGCUACCUGUCCAUUGCAAUGACAACCGUGGGACAUAGCCUGGAACAUUUCUGUACUGAUGGUGUUGGCUUGUUGAAAAGUCUGAUUCAGUCUCGCCAUCUGAGAGCUGCUGUGCAUCUGUUAGAUAACAUCCUACCCCCAACCUAUCCUCUUAGCUACUACCUGCUCAACAACGCUCAGUUUGUAAGCUGUAUUCAGUUGUUCUUGCAGUACGACAGCGUGUGUCCUCAGGGCAUGACGCAGCAGGUCACGCAUCGAGUGGCGCCACUUCUCACUGGAACCAGUUAUGGAGACAACGUCCGUCUGCUGAACAGUGUCAUUCAGAGUCAUGUGGUAGAAAGUUCGAAACCAGGCCUUGUUGGAGCUGCAGCAGUUCUGGAGUUUUGGGUGGGAAUUCUGACUCAACAGAACUUGUGGUACCGAGACAAAACAGUCCUGUUCCUCAUGGAUCAGAUCUGCUGCGCUGCCUUCACUUACCACCAGGAGGAAUGUGUCCAAAAACUCCUGUACCAGCAACAUAAGACUGCUUUGGGUUAUCAUGGAGACCGGGGUCUGCUCUCUUCUCUGGUUGGUUGGAUUUCUGGAAAUGCCACACCCUCCUUCAUCGAGGGCCAAUCCUUGAGUGCUGAGAUCUGGUUUGCCUGGGUGGUGCUGAAUAUGGAGGGUGUGUUUGAGGAAGAUUCUCAGCUGAGGCGCUGUGUUGAGCAUGAACUCCUGUCAGAGCUUAAUAUCUCCCCCGAACAAGCCUUAAAGAAGGCUCAACAGAGGCUUAAGUUGCCGGUAGCCCCGUCUCUGCAGAGGCUUCAGGUAUAUCGUUGGGCAUAUCAGGCCGCAGCUACACCACCUGAUCACCCCCUCCUACCCCUCAUCUGGCAGAAAUUCCUGCAGCUCUACCUUAGACAGCCUGGACCUGAGUACGGGCUGGCUGCAGGAGGAUGUAUCGGCAAGAGGUUCUUCCAGGCCUCUUCCCAGGCUGCUUUCCUCCGAGAUCUGAGGCAGAGAAUACAGGAAGUGUCUGACUUCCACCACGCUGCCAGUCAGGCCCUCCGGGUACUCCCACCGAACACACCCUCAUCAGACCAGGGUGACGAAACCCUCAAUAAUCCCGGACCACCUUACCUCACUUCUCCUCAGCUACAUACAGAACUGGUCAGGUUGUUUGGAGUAUUUUCUGUGUGGCUGGAUGACGAGACUCUGCAGAAGCAAGAAGUGUAUCUUCCCUCUCUUCCUCCAGAGUAUGAACCACACAGACUGGCACAGGUCAUGCAGUGGCAUCAGGAACUUUGGCUGGAAUAUGUGGACCAGGAGCGUCUACAAUAUGAUCAGAGGGAAGUUUUGUCUCUUUGGAAGAAGGUGCAGAGUGAGCCAACAUUCCUCCAGACUCAAACCUCUGGUUUCACUGACUACACCAGCCUCAGCAAUGCAAGGGAGCGUAUCCUGUCCAAUCUGCAGAAACAUCCAGUUCCCCGUUUAGCUCCUGAACUGCAUAAGCUGAAGGCACCAGUACCUGAAGUGCCUUCCGCCUGUCUCACUGACUGUAAAGCUGCCUGUAAACUGUUAGAGCAGGACCUCAGCAUUUUGCAAGAUCAAGCCAGGAUUGCUGUAGCACGUGAAGCCCAGCAGGUGGCAAUGGAGCAGGAGCUGCUGGAGAGCCUUCCUGUACUGUUUAAGAACCGACCAGAGCAAGUCACCAUGGCCCUGGAGUGUAAAGGGAAGGGUGGACAGCCAUGCCAAGGAGCUGCAAACAUCACUGUCACGUGUGAGCUUGUGCAGAAGCAGGAGGCAGUGCAGACUCAGAUAACAUCACUGCGCAGGGACAUCAAAAAGCUUCAAACCGAUGCUAUGGCUCCGCCACCUGAAAUCCUGGCCCAGGCUGCCGUUCACACUGAAAACUUCAUCACGGCUUUGGUGAAUAUGCACAAAGCACAAAAAUCUCCUGCAGUCCAGAAAGUUGGUGUGUCUGCUUUUUACAAGGUGGUCUCCUUUGUAUGUGAGGACACGCUCCGUCAUCCACCAACUCGUCAGUACCUGUCUUCAUGUGUGGAGGUACUGGGACAGGUAUUUAUCCAGGGAAAUGCAGAGGAGUGUGGCCGUGUCCUGAAGACUAUCCUGGAGCAGCGGCGGCUUUGCCCUCUCAUUUCCCCCUUCUUCACUCCCAACGCAGCGCCCAGUCAGCUGGUGUUUCUCUACCAAGACGUCGUGACAUCGCUGUCCCUCGACAGCGCCGAUGUCGUUUUCAUGCUGCUCACUAAGUUUGAUUUGUCUCAGUGGCUGAAUGAAGCCCAUCCCGUGUUUUCGGAGAGGACACGUUUGCUGGAAUUGGUCCAUGGAGCUCUCUGCGUCUGCGGCCGAGACCCCGAGCCUGAGUUUCUCACGCCUUUUCACCUUUUCACCAAACACUGGACCUGGCUUUUACGGCAUCAUUUCCCCGACCAUUACAGCGAUUGCCUUCGCCUCCUCAUGACCAGCUCAUCCAACCAGCUGCUCAGUCCGGAGUGCUGGAAAGUGACUCUGCGAGUGCUCGGCUGUUUACCUCCAUCCCGCAGCACCAAGGGCAAAGCUGAAGCAGCUGUGUGCAGCACUGAAGUCUCCACCCGUGGUGUCGCACCCCCAGCCUCCCCCUACAGGUCCCCCAUCACCCUCUCUCCUCAGCAGGUGGAUGAGACAGUCGAUUGGCUGAGUGACUACUUUUUACGAAGUCGUCUCAGUAAGACGGACCUCCGCAGCUUCGGCCUCUAUGCUUCCUGGACUCCCUACAUUGAGGACGUCGUUUCCUUCUGGGACCAUUUGAUCAGUUGCCUCAUCAAUGUGCAGCUCAACAGCUGCGCCCGAGAGUCAGUGGGCAGCAGCAAAAUAAUGAAAGCUCUGCAGGACCUGCACAGUAAGACUGUGAAGUUAUUUAAGCCAUGGAUCUUUCCUGUGGACGCUGGCGAGGGCAGUAACAUCAAGUGUUACCCGUGGCUGGAGACGGAUGCGAGUGCAGCAGGAUGUAUGGUUGGCCUCUACAUUCAGAUCACUGACCUGCUUCAUCACAAGUUCAGAGAUCGUCUGCUGCCUGGUCAGAGGGGUGCUCUGUGGCUGUGUAUGAUGCAGUACUGUGAGAGCUGUACCUCACCACGCACACCGGAGUACCUGCUCUACUUGUAUCACACACACCUACGCAGCCUGCCCUGGAGACACCUGCACCCUGACACUAAGCUCAUGGAGCAACUCUUCAGUGUGGAGAGAGGAAGUCCCAAGAGCUGCUUCCUGUUUAUGGGAGAAGUGUUAUGUGAAGUUAACUGGGUCAGCAUCCUGAGUGACCACUUACAAACACCUCCCGGCUCCACAACAUAUCCAGCUGUGUCAGAAAUGGCCACACAGAAAGAGUCGCACACUAUGUUGGUAUACCUGCUCUACAUGCUCGUUUUUCUGGCAAAGGAGGAACAACUCCUGAGUCAGCAGGACUCACCUCUGUUCAGUCUGCUGGUUCAGUCCACAUCUCUACCCUGGCACAAACUGGACCUGUCCUCGUACCAGAGCAUUCUGGGAUACGUUAGCACCCACUACCCUCCCUCUUUGCUUCUCAGUGCUGAUUCUGCACCUCAGCUGCUGCUGAAAUCACUCCGUAGUGCUGCUGGGCUCCACCCCUGCCCCGGUGAAGCUCCACACCAGGAAGAGACGCUAAAGGCUGGAGCCUACAUUUGCUGGUGUGUGCAAUCUCUGGUGACUCUGGAGCAAGGAGGCAGCAUCACCCUCACCAGCCUGGAGGCUCAACUGGAAACACUUUUGGAGAGUAUCAUAACCUUCAACCCACCAGAGGUGGAUUUGGAGCAGAGGCACAUGGCGUUCUGCAGUCUCUUCAGUGAUGCUUUGGCUUUGCUCAACGGCGUGGGCGUCUCAACAGGCGAGGCACUCGCUGCCCAUGUCAUUACCUGGCUGGACAGGAAAGGGAGGGGCUUUCCAACUCUUCCCCUUCUCACAGCCUGCUCCCGUUGCCUUGCAUCAGUGCGACACAUGACACGCAUCAUGGAGGCAUGCAUUACAGGGUACUUCAACCAUGCCGAGGAAGAGUCUGUAAGGUGGGGACCUGUGUUGGCAUCGCUGCAGGUGCCCGAGCUCACAGUAGAUGACUUCCUUUCUGAGAGCCAAUCAGGAGGCAGUUUCCUGACGCUCUACGCCUUUAUUCUGCAGCGUCUCAACAGUGAAUACACAGCAGCCAAUGAGAGGAGGACUCUGGCUCUAAUUAACACUUGGACCAAUCAGGUCUUUCCCAGCGGUCCGGCUGAUGAAGCCAAGCUGUUUCUGUGGUGGCACAAAUCCCUGAAUCUUUCAGCGGAGCAGCUACAGCCACAGGCAGGCUUGACUGAAGUAUCAGGUGUGGUCUUGGGCCUGAUGAGGUUUCAAACUAGGCUGCUUCAACUGGGAGAAGAAAGACUGAACUCCGGCCUGCUCGGAGCUAUAGGCCUUGGAAAAAGGUCUCCUGUCUCUAAUAGGUUCAGGGUGGUGGUACGCAGUCUGGCAGCUUUUCUGUCCAUUCAAGUGCCAUCAGAGAGCGAGCUUCGACUUCAACCCACCACUGACUUGCAGCUCUCUGCAAAAGCACAGCAAAUGUUGGGGACGCUGGAAGCCAUGCCCAGUAAUAAGCAGUACGCCGAGUUAGAGGACUCUGUGAAUAAAGCCGUCCAGUUCAUUCGCUACCCAGGACAUUGUCUCAAAGAUGGACCCCGGCUGCUGGCCCUCCUAGCUAACCUCCUAUACCCCGACCUCAGAUACCUGCACAUUAUCCGCUGACUGUGAACUCACCUUCUACCUGAGAGUAAACAAUUGUUCAAUAGAGUCAAAAAUCCUGAAGGAGCACAAAAGUUUUAAGUGAUGAAGACACUUGUUCUGAAUUGCCUUUUUAUUGUGUCAGCGGGGGACUUGUGUGACAGAAACUUACUCAUUAAAGCUGACUGAACAUUUGUGAGGAACAAACCUCUUGACUGCUAGAGUACAGUGAAGGAACACAGACCGUCAGAAGUUUAAGCAAUCAUGUGUGCUAAUCUUUGACAUUUAGGCACUUUAUUUUCUUCUGAUGUUCAUGCCUUGUUGCUUUUUGCAUAAGUUGCCUGUUGAUUUUCAGCUCCAUCGGUUCUGUUCUUGAUUUGAGAGGAUGUUGCAUGUAUUUAUUGAAGUAGAACUCAUGAAUCAGAAUUCAGCAGCAGGCUCUGUGGGUGUGAGUUUCACACCUGUACAUGGAAUCUAACAGGAAAAAAAGAUGAAGGGUCCACAGAUUAUUUAGAGGAUGUUAAAGGACUCAUUUAAUAGACCUAUAGGUUUGGUAGUACCUUCUUAAAAUAGGGUGUGGGACAUACCAGGAAUGCUGGUAGUUGGGGUUCAUUGCUUAACACAAGUCUUGUUUUUUGCUGCUGAUGCUUGCAUAUCCAUGAUCCGCAGUCUGAAAUAUUUCAAUCCAAGGUGCUGUAUACAGUAGGAGGUGAUCAUGUCUAGUAACAGCACAUUUGCCAGUAUUAUGUUCAUUUCCAGCCAAAAGUGCUUUCCUUGUUCUGCCAAAGAGAUGUUAUUUUCAUCUGCUUAGCUACUUAAACCUCCUUAACCGUGAUCUCUGGUUGUGUCAUCAGUGUCCGUUAAGUCCAAAACUACAGUCUGGAAAAGCGAAGUACAACUUGUCUUCCUUGUAGAAUUGUAUGUGCAGUGUUAUUCAAAUUGCUAAUGGUAUAAGGAGGUUUUAAUGCUGUUGAAGCUAGAACAGAACUGGACAGCUUUCUUACUUUAAUUACUCCUGUCAACUCACCACUUCUGUUGCUCUGUGCCAUCUCAGUAAUCAUCGAGCUGCACUUCAGCAGCCUGCAGCUCGCCUUAUCGCUGGUAUUAUGUGGUGACUGUUAAUGUCAAAAGCGUUUCUUUUUUAUGAGUCAGUGAUCAGGAAUGGGUCUGUAAGGACUGCUGCAGGAGGUGUACUCCGUAGCCAAGCAGAACAAAAGAGACAUGACUGCUCAAUAAAGGGAACUGAACACCUCA